AUGUUACUCCCAUUCAUUCUUUUCCUAACUACAGUCAUCGCUAGUCCCUUACAGACUCCAUUGAACACAGAAUAUGAAAUCUUAUCACCAUAUUCUUCCCAUAGAAGCAUUUCUCCCCGAGUUUUCAUUGUCACUAUGUUCGAACCUGAAGAAUCAGCUUGGACUAAACAUAUGAACUAUGUCCAUCAUUUUGUCGUUCCUGGUUUAAGUCCCCUUCAUCCUCAAGUCCAUUGUACUGCUGAUUAUCAAAUUUGUCAUUUCACCACCGGAGAAGGUGAAAUCAACGCCGCUAAUUCCAUGAUGUCGAUUCUUUUGAAUCCUAAAUUCAACCUUCGUGAUACUUUCUGGUUAUUGAACGGAAUCGGUGGUGGAACUCCAACCGAAGUCACCACUGGUUCAGUAACAUUUGCCAAAUAUGCCAUUCAAGUGGGUUUACAAUACCAAAUCGACCCUAAAGAAUUGACUGGUUACCCUGAUUGGCCAACUGGUUAUUUCAGUUAUGGUGCUAAAGACCCUUGGGGAUACCCUGAUUCAGUCUACGGUACAGAAGUAUUCGAAUUGAAUGAAAACUUACGUGAUCGUGCCAUUGCUGCUGGUAAGAGAGUCGAACAAUCCUUGGAUAUUGGUAACGAUGAAAACAUAGCUUUAAGGAACCAAUUCCCAGCCCCUGGUAAUGCUAAACCUUUUGUUAAAGGCUGCGAUGUGUUAACAUCUGACAACUACUGGAUAGGUGAAACCUUCGAUAACUAUUUCAUCGAGUACAGUAAACUUAUCACCAAUGGUAGUGCUACUUACUGUUCAGCAGCUCAAGAAGAAAAUGCCACGUUAGAAGCUAUCUUAAGAUUAAGUAAGUUUGGUUACGUUAACUAUGAAAGAGUCAUUGUUAUGAGAGCUAUCUCCAAUUUUGUCAAAGCUCCUGAAGGAUUCAACGAUCCAGUAGAUUUCUUCCAUAAUUACCCUAAAGGAGGUAUAGAGUUGAGUUUGAACAAUUUGUACAAAGUGGGAAUUGAGGUUGUGAAGGAUAUUUUAGACAACUACGAUGAAGUUUGUGCAUUGAAGGCAAGCAAUUACUUGGGAGAUAUCUUUGGAACCUUAGGGGGAGUUAGAGAUUUCGGUAAAGAUAAGUAUACCGUGCAUUAG